AUGCCUACUCCAGAAGCCGAUUUAAUCGAGAUACGAGACUGUCCCUCGUCCAGCCUAUUUGUCAAAGCUGGCCUAUACGCAUUAUCAUCAGUUCAAGAAUCUAGCCCGUUUCAUCAGUGGUAGGGAAUUCGACAAUGAAGACGUCCUUGAAAAGGCCUUCAAAAGUUUCAUCGGCUCCGGAAGCCGGGGUUCCGGAACUACAGACAUAAAAAACUUUUUGGCACGUUUUAACAAGCGUGAUAAAGCACAGGAUAAUUAUUUUGAUUAAAUAGAUCGCAGUUAUUACGGUAAAUUUUGACGAAAAAAUAAAUUUUUCGAAGAGGGUCAUUAUUUGUUGGACAAAAUAAUAUUUUAAAAAAAAAAUUUUUUUGAUAUGUACUAUUAUUAUAAUUUUAGAUGUUUUUGUGUACUAUGCACGUGAAUAAUUUCGUCUUGAAAUUUGGUUCCUACAAGUUCAAAACCUCGCACCAUGAGCCCAGACAGCACUAUACGGCUGUUCAAACGAUGCAGUCGGAACAAUUGGCUUCAGUUGGACAUGAACUUGAUUUUUUUAACGUUCUGUUCAAGGUGUGGGCAGUUGAAUAAACAUCGUGUUUUUGAACUACUGACCGUACAAGCGUCUUUAUCCGGGUAUAAAAGCUCUGGCUGCGACAGCGGUAAUGUCAACGUUCAAAGGAAGCGAUGAAAUCGGUAAUCUUUUUCGGGCUCCUUGUUGCUCUGGUGUGUGUUGUUGUAGGCCAAAAAGCUGGCACAACCACUGGCUAUUGGUAAGGAAAUAUGAUUAUGUAAAUUUUUUGAAUCAUUUGACAAAAAAUCUAGACUCUCGCAAAAAACUGGUGGAAAUUUUCGAAAAUUUUUGGUCCCACAACGAAAACCUGAAUUUCUUCGAAAUUAAAGGAAACUGUGAAAAGUGAUGUGGAGUGACCCUAAUAGGUUAGAAAAACUGUUUAUACAUUAUUUCCAGUCACAAGUCCUCUUGUUUCGCAUCAAAAACCCUCAAAUUGUAAAAAAUUUUGGUCCCACAGCGAAACCCUGAAUCUCUUCAAAAUUCAAGGAGACUAGUCAAAAAUGAUGCGGGGUGCUGUUUAUAAAUUAUUUUCAAUUACUAUUCCUCUCUUUUUGCAUCAAAACCAUUAAAUUUUAGAAAUUUUUGGUCCCACAACGAAAACUUGAACUUUUUCAAAAUUAACGGAAACUGGUGAAAAUUACUCGGAAUAGCCCUAAUAGUCCAGAAAAACUGUUUAUAAACUAUUUUCAAUCGCUAUUCCUUUCUAAUUGCACCAAAAAACCUUAUUUUAGGGACUGCUGUAAGCCGUCUUGUGCGUGGCCCGGGAAAACCAACCUGAAGACGCGCCCAUCGCUGGCUUGUGACAAGUUCGACCGCCCCCUCAACGACAGCAACGCAUGGUCGGCGUGCGGGAAGCAUGGGGUCGCGUACAUGUGCUCGCACGAGCAGCCUUGGGCCGUCAACGAUCAGCUCUCCUACGGAUUUGCGGCCGUGAAAUUGGCCGGAAUGAGCGAGGACGGAUGGUGUUGUUCUUGUUAUGAGCUCACCUUCACUGAGGGACCAGUCAAGGUGGGAUUUUUAAAGAUUUUGAGGUGAUUUUUGAAAGUGAAAUCUUUCGUGUUGGGACCCAAUUUUUUGAAUAUUGUAGAAAAAUUAAUGUUAAAAAGUCGCGGAAAUUUGUGUGACGGUCCUCUGACUACCAUAUAAAGUCGAGCAGAUGAGAUUUUGCGAUUUUACAGACUUUUUCAAACAAUCAAUCUUUCGUGGUGGGACCCAACUUUUGAGAUUUUUUUUUGAUUUUUUAUUUAAAUUCAUUACGUAAAGCUAAGAUAAGGCAUAUAAAAAAUUUUAGGGCAAAAAAUUCGUGGUCCAAGCCACGAAUACGGGCGGAGAUUUGGGCGAAAACCACUUCGACAUGGCGAUUCCCGGCUGCGGUGUGGGCUACCUGAACGGCUGCACCGCCCAGCACCACGCGCCAAAGGACGGUUGGGGAAAGCGUUACGGUGGAAUCAGCGCGGUGAGCGAAUGCAGUCAGCUCCCGCAGGAAUUGCAGCCCGGCUGCCAUUGGCGUUGGAGCUGGUAUUUGGGAGCACAGAUCCCGAAGGUCACCUUUAAGCGCGUCAAGUGCCCCAAGGAGAUUACGGAGAAGAGUCAGUGCAUUCGCGCCGACGAGGACAGUUUCGUCGAAUAA